AUUUUUCUGCAAUUUGUAUUCUGUGUAAAGAAUAAAACUAAUUUCGACAACUUUUAAGAAUUUUUUGAAGGAAAGAAAAGAAAAGAAAAAAGUACAGAAGAAGAAAAAGAAGGUGAGAAAAUGCAGUCAAUGAAAGAACAUGCUGCAAAUGUGGCCGCAUCGGCAAAAUCAGGCAUGGAAAAAACCAUGGCCACCGCUCAAGAAAAGGUGGAAAAGAUAACCGCCAACAACGAGACAGAAAAGGAGAUGGCAACAGAUAAAAAGAAAGACAGGAAGCACAAUGCAGAAGCUCGCAAGCAAGAGGCGCGAGAGCACAACGCCGCCGCAAAACAGGCCUCCGCUCAUUAGACCACGCCGUCAGCUUCUCUAAUUUGGAAUUAAAUAAUUCUUACUAAUUUGGACGGAUAUACCAUAUGUAUUCUUUUUCCUUCAAUAAACUGUUGUGCAUUUAUUUUUC